AGUGGGAGCGCUUGGUAGAAAAGACACAGAGUUGGAAAGGAACAGCGUCCAUGUUGGCAUUUAUUUGCAUUCGCUAGCCCAUCUGCUUCUGCUGCAUGCUGCAGUUUGCGUUGUGAAUUUUGCGGUGCGGGUCACCUCCUUCUCUUUUGGGAAAACUGAAGAACCUCAGGGAGCUGUGAAUUUCUGGCACAAGUGCUCAGCACUGCGGCACCUCGAUCCAAGCAAAGGAAUGUAGCAGAAAGGUGGGCACAGCUGAGGAUCAUCCUUGCAGACUUUGGUCCCCAACCAUCCAUCUGUCUAUGCAUCCACUCCUCCCGUCUUCCCUCCGUGCAUCUCUGUGCUCUGUGUAUGGGAGGUGAGGCUUUGGCAGGCUGUCAGUCAGCAUGCGGCGGUGGGAACGGGCAGCCCAGUGCCCACAACACGCUAUGGACGUCAGACACUCCUCGCUGUACUAAUGAAAGGCUUCAAGCUCGCCUGCACUGCCAGUAACUCAAACAAGAGCACACCCGCCUGCUCACCAGUCCUGCGUAAACGCUCGCGCUCUCCCACACCACAGAGCCAGGAGGGUGAGAAUAUGGUGGAGAAGGGUUCAGACCACUCCUCUGACAAAUCCCCUUCCACGCCCGAGCAGGUUGUCCAGAGAACAUAUUCCCUGCAGUCAGCAAGAAGCGGGGGAAAGAACUCAAAGUAUGACAGACUAAACCUGAUUAAAAAGAGCCAAAGCUGGUACAACCAUGAAAGACAACACAUCCUGAGAGUGCUGAGCCCGACAUACAAGCAGCGCAAUGAAGACUUUCGGAAACUCUUCAAGCAGCUCCCCGACACAGAGAGACUCAUUGUGGACUACUCCUGUGCUCUUCAACGGGACAUCCUCCUGCAGGGACGACUCUACCUCUCUGAGAACUGGAUCUGUUUUUAUAGCAACAUCUUCCGCUGGGAAACACUGCUGACAGUGCGGCUAAAGGACAUCUGCUCAAUGACGAAAGAGAAGACUGCCCGCCUCAUUCCCAAUGCCAUCCAGGUCUGCACAGACACUGAAAAGCACUUUUUCACCUCAUUUGGAGCCAGGGACAGAACUUACAUGAUGAUGUUCCGACUGUGGCAGAAUGCGCUGCUGGACAAGCCGCUGUGCCCCAAAGAACUGUGGCACUUUGUUCAUCAGUGCUAUGGCAACGAGCUGGGUCUGACGAGUGACGAUGAAGACUAUGUUCCCCCUGAUGAUGACUUCAACACCAUGGGGUUCAGUGAAGAGAUUCCCAACGAAGAGAAUGAGAUCAACAACGACAAUUUGUCCAAGAGCAGCGCCGAGGCCAAGCCAGAGGGGAGCCCUCCUCCGCUACACAAGAAGGUCGUCCCAAACAGCACCAUCCCCAGCCCAGGCAACCAUGACGCACCCAUCACAUUUGACCUCCCAGCAGACGAGUAUGCAGACUGCCUUCCAGACGGCGAGCUGCUUGCACUGCCCCUUUUGUUGGAAGAGAACAGCAAUGAUACCAGCGGGCCUGGUGGUCCUGUCCCCUCACCGUCUCUGGACUUCAACGACAAUGAAGACAUCCCCACUGAACUCAGUGACUCCUCCGAAACACACGACGAGGGUGAAGUGAAGGCCUUUCAUGAGGAUCUGAACGGCAGACAGUACAUCAAUGAGAUCUACAAGUUCAGUGUGGACAAGCUCUACGCCAUCCUCUUCACAGAGUCGCAGUUCAUGAGUGACUUCAUGGAGCAGAGGCGAUUCUCAGAUGUGGUGUACCACCCGUGGAAGAAAGAGGAGACUGGGAACCAGACCAGAGAGAUCAUGUACACCAUCUCGCUGUCCAACCCCCUGGCCCCCAAAACAGCCACGGUCACUGAGACGCAGACCCUGUACAAAGCCAGCCAUGAAAGCGAGUGUUACAUCAUUGAUGCUGAGGUCAUCACGCAUGACGUGCCCUACCACGACUACUUCUACACUCUCAACCGCUACAUGCUCACCAGGGUGGCCAAGAACAAGUGUCGGUUACGGGUAUCGACAGAGCUGCGCUACAGGAAACAGCCGUGGGGGCUGGUGAAAGGCUUCAUAGAGAAAAACUUCUGGAGCGGGCUAGAAGAGAACUUCCGCCAUCUAGAGUUGGAGCUGGCCAAGCUGGAGGAGAUCCUGACCGAGUCCCACCAGCUGUCUCCGAAGGUGGUGAAGAACUCCACGGUGAGGCGGAAGAAGAGGCCGCUCCCGCACUUGCGCAGCCAGCUGCUGGACGAGGCGCUCAGCCCCGUUACCACACCGACAGAUGAGGAAGUGAUUCAGAGGAUUAAACAAGUGGCAGGCUCCACGCAGACCAGACACCAGAGUCCAGAACACCAUCACCUGCCCGGAGGUCUCGCUCUGUACAGCGUCUCCAAACUGCUGCUCAUCAUCAGCUUUGUCCUGGUCCUGCUGGUGUUCCUCAACAUGAUGCUCUUCUACAAGCUGUGGAUGCUGGAGUACUCGGCACAGUCCUUAACAACCUGGCAAGGUCUGCGGCUUCAUGAAAGUAAACUGCCUCAGACGCAGAUGGAGUGGGCCCAGCUCCUGGAGGCGCAGCAGCGUUACCAUGACUCCGAGCUGCAGAAGUGGAGGGAGAUUAUCAAGUCGUCGGUCGUGCUGCUGGACCAGAUGAAAGACUCCUUACUGAACCUCCAGAGAGGCAUUGGUUUAAGGGACUACAGCUCAGAGGCUGAGGAGAAGAGAAGUCGCUAUCACUGACACACCACCAACAAGGCCAUGAGGGCAUGCUGUGCAAUAUACUGUAGGACCUGUUUUGUUUGUGAAGCAGUAUGCAGGCAGCAGCAAGACAAGAGAGAGAGGACGGAGGAGGAGGAGGCGGGACCAACAGUGAGCUGGUCCAAUAGACACAAAGAGCGGGACAAUCGUCUCCAGCGCACAGAGGUUAAAACCUCCGGGGGGGAGGGGAGAGGAAAUCACGGACAGAUAGUGCCCCCGAUCACACGCAGGAACUGAGGUGUCCCCAACAUCACUGAGGCAUUGUGGGAAAGUGCUCCUUCUCUACACCUGUGGGAUGAACCGUUUCCUUCUACUCUCUUAUUUCCAAGUGCAUCCUACUGUAAGCCAUGUCGACCAGAGAGUCGCAGAGAGAAGGAAAGGAAAUCUACUGCAUGCAUUUAGACAACCUAGCUCCCCUCAGUCAGUGUUUAUGUGGUUCCAGUUCCAGUCUGUGUGUCAAAACAAAAGAAGAACAGAAGACGAGGAGAGAUGGAGUGGAAGAAAGGGGGGUCCUUUCGAGUCUUAAUGGCUGUCUACACUCUCUAGACUGUUCCAAACCAAUCGUCCCCCUAGGGGUCCUUGCUCCAGCGUCCCUUUAGUAAACCUCCAUGUGAUCAAAGCACAGUAUUGUUACACAACCAAAAAGUAAAAUAAAUGUAGCUGGGAGCUCGGCUUCACCGCUCAGUCCCUAUCGCCUUGUUUGAACCUGUGUGGUCUCCGUCGGGGCUGGUUCCCUGUCAGACUGCAAUAUUUAUAAGUAGAAUCUAAAGACUGAUGAGACCUAAGCCGGUUACUUUUAACCUUAUACACAAUUCACAUGAUCAGUUCCCCCUGCCACAGUGUUAGCUACCUUAGAUUGCAUUAUUCCUGCUGCUUCUAAUGAAGUAGAAUGUAUUAGCCUGGACAAAAAGGCCAGACUUUGAUCACAGCUUGUUCAUUUUUGGGGGGAAAAGGGGAUGCUGCAGCCGGACCAAUAGGGAGACCUGUGUUCUUACAUGUUUUAUUACUAAACUGUGACUAUAUCUCUUUAAAAAUGUUUCAAAUUAGAAAGAAUUCUAUGAAUAUAUUUGAAAUAUAUAAGAAUAUUUCAUUAUUUAAUAUAUAUAUAUUUCAAAAUAUAUAAACAUUACCUAUAUUUAUUGUUAAUUUAUGUACAUAAAGAAAUGAUCAGAGCUCUAGACCAGUUAAAGAAUUUCUAACAAAAAGUGUUUUCUUCUAAAAAUGCAUGCCAGAUAUGUCUGUGACAUGUCCAGUGUGCAAGUAUGAUUCUGCAUUCGCGCGAUUAUAUUUGCGCAUGUGUGAGUGAGUGAGUGAGUGCGUGCGUGCGUGCGUAUGAGAAUGUGCGUGCAUGCUUGCGUGUGCGCACAAGUGUGCGUGCUGUAAAGUGUGACAUUUUUACCAUUCCACACUUGUGUGUUUCUUAAUUUUUUCUUUUCUGGCUCCAGCAGCCAGACUGCCUUUUUUUUAAUGCUAAUGCAUUUGGAUGCUGCCUUGCAUUAGCCCCCACCAGGGUACAGUUUACAAUCGAAGAGUUUUGUUCCAAAAUGACAUAUCCACCAUUUGAAAACAACGAUUGAUUGCUUAAUAAACUAUCAAUUCAAGUCAGUGUUUGACACGUACUAAGUAGCUGAAACCAUGUUUGACAAAAGGAACAAAAAGACAGAAUUGAAUCUAAGUUUGGAUAUCUAACAUUUUGGAGAUGAACCCUUCACUCUUUCUCCAUGUCACCUCAUUAGUUGCUUGACGAUUCCUCGCUAAAAGGAAUAGUUUUCAAACUCACUUAUUCUCUCUAUUGCUGCACGUUAGGUGAAGAUUGAGGCCACUCAUGUCUGUACACUGAAUAUGAAGCUAGAGGCAGCAGCUGGUUAGCUUAGAAAGCCGUCUUAAUGCUGAGCCAACCAUCUCCUGGCUCCACUGGUUAGCCGCCAGUUAAGCUAAGUGCUAGCCAGGCUAGCUAGUUCCCCCUCUUUCCCCCAUUCUUUGUGCUAAGCUAACCAUCCCCUCGCUCCACUGGUUAGCCGCCAGUUAAGCUAAGUGCUAGCCAGGCUAGCUAGUUCCCCCUCUUUCCCUCAUUCUUUGUGCUAAGCUAACCAUCCCCUCGCUCUAGCUUGUACACAUGAAAGUGGUGUCAAUCUUCUCCUUAAACUCUCAGCAAGAAAGCAAAUGAGAAUAUUUCACAAAUUGUCAAACUAUUCCUUUUUUAAAAAGACAUCUAUUCAACCCAUAUUAUACUCUCCCUUCCCCCAUUUCAAGUGUCUGUCUUGGAUGCAAUGAAAGCAUGAAAAUGAACUUUACUAAAUUGAACCAAAAGAAAGAAAAUGUACCUUCACAAAUGAUCAUGUUGUUUUAAAUGAAGUAUUUGUCAUGUGUGUCAUGUAUUAUGUAUACUGGGUUAGAUGCGGUAAAGAGCAUCUCUUAAGAGUUUAUCAACAGAGCCCCCUGACAGCUGACUUCAGUGAUGAAAGCACUUCCAAAAAUAAGAAAGACUUUGUUGUUGUUUUUUUAAAAGAGAGAGAAAGUGAAGCACUUUAAGGCCUUUUCAGGUAAAGAAUUAAAGAAAUGUCAGCGAUUUAGUUUGGAGGCGAUCGCAGGAAUUAGUUUCUUUGGUGUGUUUUAGUUCAUUUGACAAUCACACAGAUGAUUUACAACUUCCAAACUACAGAUUUUAAUCCUGCUCGUUUGUUACUGCUCACAAAUUACUUCUGCAGUACGUGAAUCUCUUUCGAUGUCACAUCCCAAAUCCCAAUCUAAGACUGGCACGCUUUUAUUGUCUAUAUCAGGGCAAGGCAAGAAUGAGUGAUGUGUGUGAGGGACUUGUGUCUGUACUGUGUGCCUGCAUGGCAUGUUACUGACUGACUGACUGACUGAUUGGGAACAGCAGAAGAAGCUUCAGGAUUGGACGCCUGCUGAGCGUGUGUGCAUAUAUUACAUUUGAAGAAGGCACUGAGUCAUGGGUGACACAAAGGGCACCUUGAGAGCUGAAUGUGAUGGGUUGGAGAUGUUUUCUGUUUUAAAGAAAUCACUUCCACAAUCCCGAGGACACUGAGAGAUUAUAGUGACGUUAUGCUUCGUGUAUAUGAUGGUACAGAAGUGUGAUUGAAAUGCUUUAAAGUGUUUGUUUUUUCAAAGUGUAUGAUGAAAUGGAUUUUUUUUUUUUUUCCUUCUCCAGAUGCUUGAAUUAUAUUUUGUGUUUUUAAAAAUGGAAAAGCAUUCUCUUUGAAUGAGACAUUGCAAGCGCUUGGUUGAGUUGGUUGUUCUCCCCGACUCUGGUUUUUAUUGACCUGAUUUUAAUCUUGGGACACUGAAAUUUGAUUUAACUGUCGAGGCUGAGUGAAAUCGUUCAUAGCGAGCGACACGUUUUAAUAUUGAACUGCUGUAAAAAUCUCACAUCCUCAGUACAAAUUGGAUAUUCACUGGAGCCUCCAAGGAGCUGUCGCAGCCGGAGCUGAAUUUCAUUUCAUCAAUCGACACAAUUAUGCAAAUUAAAUAUUGUUUCCCCUUCAAAACUCCCAAGUUUCUUAUUGGAUCCAACACGUUUGACUUAAACUAAACUAAGCUAUGACCUCUCGCAGGUCACACCCUGUUUGUUGCUUUUGUUUUUGCUUUUUCUGUUUUCAAUAAUAUUCUUCACACAGUUAUCUGCGUUACACGAAUGAUUGUAUGAUUGCUAUCGCUGCACAGCUGUGGAACCAAGGUGACCUGGGAGUGCUGGAUGCCACCAUUUCGUCACUGACAACUAAUGAAUUGUGCGCUUCAUUGACUGUAUUAAUUGGCAUUUUGCCUUGCUUGUCACAGAGCCGGUGAGACAUUGGUGCCACCCAUACGACGCAGUACUAGCUAACAGCCUUGGUUAACUAACACACGAUGGGAAUCACACACACACACACACACACACACAACCUGCUGAAAAUGACCACUCAUCAAACUCAUAGCAAAUGCUCUUCUUUGAGUGUGUCUUGAUAAAAUAUGUGCUGGUGUAGUUCUGUUCAAAAAGAAUUCUACUGUAUGUUUCCUUUUUUUUUUUUUUUUUUUUUUUGGAAAAUGUUUUGAUCUCUAGAGAGACUUUUAGUGAAAUUUCUACAUGAGAUAAAUAUACUGUAAGUAUAUGUUGUGUAAAUCUGCAGUGUGCACACACACACACACACACACACACACACACACACACACACACACAGACAAAA